UUGGAACUUGCUUUCAGCCUUCGUUAUGAGAUACUUCUUGCUCUUUAUGGUCGCCGUUGUCUGCGAAGGGACAAGGAUACCCAGGAUAUCGGAGUCCUUCUUCCCGGGAUUUCAAGGCGCUCAUCAUGGACACGGUGGCCAUAGAUAUCAGCACGGACAACUGGAUAACUAUGGGCCUGUACAAUUUCCUGGAGAUCACAGGGCACCCUAUGGAAACUUGGAUAUAGGAAACGAGUUUUACGGUCAUCAGGGUGCCAUCGGCGGUCACGCGAACGUUGCCGACCAUUUUGCAGGAGGUCCGUUCAACGUUGCUGGCAACCACGGAGGCUUCAAUCCACAUCAGGCUCUUCCUCGGAACUACGAACGCUACAACCAUGCACACGAUUACGAUUAUUAAUUAUAGAAAUCUCAUUAAGCUUUAAUGAGCUCGGGUGCAUAUAUUCAGCUUCCCUCAACGCCGCUUGCAGCAACAGUUGCAUCAAUUCGAAGAAACGACGAUCGGUCGA